CACAAUAAAAUAUGCGUUCUUCAAGCAGUGAAAGCGAACGCAGUUCGGAUACUGAAAACUCAGAUAUGGCAAAUGAAAAUUUACUUUCGAAUUCCGGCGAUGAGGAUACAAUUGUGGCUAAUUCAGUUGUAAAUCCUUACGAAAAUGAACCUCUUGCGAACGCAGUCGGAGAGAAUUUUGUGUCGGUUGAAGAAGACGCAGAUGGCUUAGAACCUCGAACAUCGGAAGCGAGGUUCGAAGGAACCGUUCAGUUAGAUAAGUGGUGUGCAUGCAGCUUGUGUCGUACUCAACUGCUGACAGAUGCCAUUGAAUACGGUUGUUGUCAAGAGGUUGGGCCUACUUUACAUAAACUGGUAUUCGAUGGUAGCAUUGAAAAAAUUAGCUGUAUUACUCUUCACGAAGAGUACACGAUUAUGACACAUGCUACAGUCUUGAAGAAUGUUGGCUCACUUCUAAGAGACCAAGAUGGAAGGUCAUACAAGCGUCGUAGAAUACAUGAAAAUGAAUACUUGAGAGCAGUUGCAUACCGUUGGGUCAUUCGAUGGCUGUGUGGAUGCCUUGGUUGGGAAAAUUCUAGACCAUUACCUGCAUGUAUCUACACAGACAUCCGAAAACGAUUUCCAUUACGAAAUCCCCUAGGCCAAGAACAUGCUGGCUACGAGUCAGCACGGGAAAGAAACUGAUAGAAAAUGCACUGGCCAUACCUAUUAUACAUGGUAGCAUGAACAACUUACAUGUGGGAAACAAUGGUGUUGAAGAUAGUUGUUUCCUAUCCAAAUGCCGUUGGAUUGCCUCAGUUUUGGAAAUUCGAUCCGAGAACGUUUUGUUUAAGGCUUCUGGGACUUUUUCCUUAUACUUCUUAAAUAUGUUGUCCAUGGAUUCCUCACAACUAAGAACCAUGACAUUUUUGAUUUCAUUAACAUAGUCUGGAAAAAUGACAAGUGGUUAGAUGUGUAAGUCAAGAGUACCAAUGCAUACAUGCUAAACUUACAAUAUGAUGGUGCUGAAGAAACAGUUCUUACUACUUCAUCCCCUGAUUUAAAUUUUGGGUUUGUAACAGAAUAAUAUGGUGUUCCAUAUUUUUUUUUUUGGCUGUCUGUGAAGGUUUUCAUUGAAAUGAAGUACUGCCAGUACGUGCCUAAACAGAACAAACCAUUUACUAUGUAAUUUUUUUUCUUGACUAGGAACAAGUAAAAAAGCCUUGGCAGAUAGAGAACAGUGAUUACAAGUUACCUGCAAUUUUGUAGUUUUGUAACUUUCUUGGCAAGUAUGUCGCAUCUACUGCACAUUUCAACUUGCUCUUGUUUUGGCAGCGGUUCUGGUGAAUCCUCUCUAACUGGUUCACUAUCAACGCUUUCUGUCGUGUUACACUCGUCAGAAUUCCCUUCAUCAUCAGUAUGUUUAACAGCGGGCUCAACAUCUUUUACACUUCGUGUUACUUCACGCAACACCUGUUGAAGAUAAUAAGACACAUUUACAUGCAUUUCCAGGUUGUGCAUACAAACUUGUGUAAUUUAACUUGUAUAAUUUUGUACUUAAAACUCUGCGGUCGCGAUUGCUCUUAUCACCUUGGAUUGAAAUGCCUUUUACAGAGUCUAUGGUUGGAACAGCAUCAGAGCGCAAUUGUCGUCUCAUGUUUAGCGAUUUUGCAACUGUUGCGUUCACGGUGAAUGCAGAAUCUGCGAAAUGCAUUGAACAUAGCACAGAGUACUGCUGAGGAACGAAUUUUGGCCUAUGUCUCCUAACAAAUUUUGUCCAUUUACUCAGCCUCUCCUUGUCAUUCAUGGGGAAACGAUGUACUGAGACACCCUCUGUGUGUUGACUGUUUGUACAACUUUUUCCGUUGGGCCAUCCUCGACGAUUUUUUACAGAAUUUUGCCUACUCGCCAUAUUUUAACUUGCGGUGUAUCAUUACGUUUGACUAACUUAAUAAAAAAUUUUUCUCCUUA